AUGACAAUCGUGAGGUGUUCCGUGUUGCAUCCCGGCAGCUUAUGUGAUUACUUGGUGCCAGUGGAUGACUCACUUGAUAAACUGCGAUCUUUCUUUCCUGAAAAUCUUCUUCUCGCAUCCCUGGAUCUUAUCGACCGCGAGUGUGUCAUCAAAUAUCAUUUGCCUUGGGGGCGGACCAUGUACGAAGUCUUCGGGUCCACCGCAAAUUACAGCGUCUUCCUUAAGUUAUCGCCAAACACUGAGACGUCAAUGUCGUACUGUACAUGCCCAGCAUUUGCAUACUCUGCCCUUUUGUCCGGGUCGCAAUUAAUGUGCAAGCAUCUACUCGCGACCCUUCUUGCUGAACGUCUAUCGAAAUAUGUCGAGAGGCCUAUCAACCAGGACGACCUUGCAAUGCUAGUCUAUCGGCAAUGUUCAUAG